AGCUGCUCUACACACACAUACAUGUCCUCAGCCACAACAACCUACUGGUAUUAACUGGUAUGAACCAGUUCUGAAUCACCAAACAGGCAGAAACAGCCUGAACGCUGAAACCAGCGUCUCCUGCUGAGGAAGAGGAGGUUCUUCUUCAUCAUCAGCUUCUCUGUUGAACGUCAGUCACAACCAGGCAGCAUGAAGGUCACAGCAGUCAGAGCAGCGUGGGUGUUUCACACGUUGCUGCUGCUCACGGUUCAGAGUCAGAACAGUUUCAACCUGCAGGAAGGAGGUGGAGCUUCUCUCCUCAUUGAUCCAAACAGGCUGCAGUUCUUUGAUUAUGAAUCCAUCUCCUUAAGUUGUGCUGGUUUUGAUGAAGCAGCUGAUUGGAGAGUGAUGAAAACGGACUCCUCAGGUUCUGAUCGAUGGGAAACAUCAACAGGAUCAAUGAUCAUUAAACCUGCCUAUGUUUCACACAGUGGCGAAUAUGUUUGUGAGGAUGAAGGAGGAAACAGGAGCAAAUCUGUCAACAUCAGCAUCACUGCUGCUGACGUGAUCCUGGUGAGUCCUGCUCUGCCUGUGGUGGAGGGAGAAGCUGUGAGUCUGAGCUGCAGGAGGAAAGGAUCCCCCUCCAACCUCCCAGCUGACUUCUACAAAGACGGCAGCCUCAUUAGGACGACUUAUACAGGAGAGAUGAGCAUUCACAGCAUCUCUGCGUCUGAUGGAGGAUUCUACAAGUGCAGCAUCUCAGGAUCUCAGGGAGAAUCAGCAGAGAGUUGGCUGCAGGUCACAGGUCAGACCAACUUGUUGUUGUCAGGGGGUGGUGUGGUCCUGGAGGCUCCUGCUCGUCCUGUGACUGAGGGACAAGACGUAACUCUGAGCUGCAGGAAACAAGGAACCGACUCAAAGCUCAGAACGGAUUUCUAUAAAGACGGACGUUUGGUGAGCAGCAGCUCAUCACCCAUGAUCAUCCACAGAGUUUCCACAUCGGAUCAAGGCUUCUACAAGUGCAGCAACUCUGGAGCAGGAGAGUCAGCAGAGAGCUGGUUGAGCGUCACAGCCCUCGCUGUGGUCCUGGAGGCUCCCGUCCUUCCUGUGACCCAGGGAGAAGCUGCCUCCCUUCGCUGCAGGCUCAGCUCCUCACCCAGCGCCGUCCCAGCUGUCUUCUACCAGGACGACGUCUUCAUCAGCACCAGCUCCACAGGAACCCUGUCUCUGCUCAGGGUCUCUAAGACCCAUGAAGGCCUGUACAGGUGUCAGGUGUCUGGAGCUGGACGGUCAGCGGGCGGAGGCUGCUUGUCACAGGUGAGACAAGAAAAACAAUAAAUGUGAAACAGUGGAUUUAUUUACUCGUUUAACAUUGUCAGCUAACAAAAGGAGUCACAGCAGAUUUUCCUUUCUGUCUUUCACAGACCGUC